CAUUUCGGCAGUGCAAUAGUGGUUGGUACUCUAUGCCGACCUUCGUUGCGACGUUGGUCGUUACCGGCCUCUGGGCUUUAGCCCAGGGGUCGAUGCAUCAGCACCAAGUUGAAGCUGCCUUCUUUGGCUCUUCAGGCGCUGACGCAGUAUCGUCCAAUGGAAAUAGUCCGGUUUCGUCGCUGCAGCUCGACUCGUUCGGACACUUCUAUCUGUUCUGGCAAGUGGACUACCAAGCGCGCGUGGUUACUUUUGAGCUAAAAUUACAGAUUCACCCCAGCAGCUGGUUUGCAUUUGGCUUUUCGGAUCGAGGCAAUUUGAGCGGUGCCGAUACUUGUGUCCUUUGGGUUGACAGGCGAGGUCAGCACCACUUCGAGGACGGACACACUAAUUCCGAAGGUUUUCUUUACGUCGAGGAACCGCAGCACUGUCGGCUGGAUUCGCUCAAGCGAAAGGGAUCUGCGCUCAGGUUUCUUUUCUCGCGAAGCUUCGAUACAUGUGAUCCCCGCGACUAUGUCAUACAAGAAGGUACUGUACAUGUGGUUUAUGCAUCAGGUCCAGGUCCGCUGAAAAGAGCUGAUGGAUUACGAAUUACGCACGCACCCGUUAAAGGAUUUCAACGUACUACCAUCCUCAAAACAAUAACAGCAGAUGAAGAAUUUACAGAGCAUGUCAAAACACUUUCAUUUACUAACGACCGGGUGGCAGUUCCGGGUCGCGACACCACUUAUUGGUGUAAGGUAUUCCGAUUUCCUCCGGAAUUCCAUCGUAAACAACACGUGGUGCAGUAUGAAGCCAUCAUAACGCCCGGAAAUGAAGGCGUAGUUCACCAUAUGGAGCUGUUUCAUUGCGAAGUUGGUGUUCACGAAGUACUCCCAAAUUGGAACGAUGAUUGUCAAAGUCCUAGAAAGCCUGUGAUACUCGAGAGAUGCAAAAAUGUCAUUUCCGCCUGGGCAAUGGGAGCACCGCCUCUUCAAUAUCCUAAGGAGGCUGGGCUGCCAGUAGGAGGCCGAAAUUAUUCAGCCUACGUAAUGCUCGAGGUACACUUCAACAAUCCAGACGUACGAACAGAUUUGGUGGACAGUUCGGGCAUGCAGAUUCACUAUACGGAUCAACUAAGGAAUUACGACAUUGGAAUCCUAGAGGUGGGAUUGGAGUAUACAGAUAAGAUGGCGAUUCCGCCUGGGCAAGAAGCGUUCGAUCUUACGGGCUAUUGCAUCUCUGAAUGUACUCGAGCGAGCUUACCACCGCUUGGAAUUGUGAUUGUGGCGGCCCAGUUGCACACACAUCUGGCAGGCGUGGCAGUGUGGGUCGAACACUCACGUGGGGGAAGGUCUCUGGGUGAAAUCGGCAGAGAUAACCAUUACUCAAGUCAUUUUCAGGAAAUUCGCAGGUUGGCUCGGCCAGUAAACAUCAAACCGGGUGACGCUGUAACAAUUACCUGUCGUUACAAUACGGUAGAUCGAAGUAAAGUUACCCUCGGAGGGUACGGCAUUCGGGAUGAGAUGUGUAUAACUUACAUGCACUACUUCCCCAAAACUGACCUCGAAGUUUGCAAGAGCUCUGUAGAUUCAUUUAGCUUGGCAACGUACUUUGACUACAUGCAUAUAACACAUCAUGAGCGUACAUCGGCCCGAAAGCCAAUUAGCGAAAACUACAAAUCCAUUGAUUGGAGCCCAUACAAUGUCCGCCUGCUUGCAGAAUUUUAUGCCCAGAUGCCACUUUCAAUGCAAUGUAAUCGCUCAAACGGAGAUCGGUUUCCCGGCAACUGGGAGGGCAUGCCCACAACGAAGAUCCUAUAUCCUCUUCCUGACGAUAAGAACGUCAAAGAUCGCUGCGAUCUCCAACAGGAGGAACUCGAAAUGGACCGAAAAUAGAUCGAUGUAAACACCCUCCGUCCGAUCCGAUGGGGCAUUUAGGCGACAAAUUACUUGCCCCAACUCACAGCUAAAGGCAAUAUUCUCACAACUAAAGAACAACGGUCGCUAUGAUAUAACUAUAAGAAUAGUCCCUGAGUUUCCAGCAAGCAGACAAGAUAAACAAAUUAUAUUAUUCUAGUUUUGUAUCAGUUCUUCUUUCGUGUAUGGUUUCUGAUUUAUGUUCAUUUGGAGUGUCUAUUAUAUAUUCCUUAUUGCCUCUAUGAUGAUUUAGUUCACUGUUAUAUCUAGUUUAUCUGCUGCUUUCACACAUAUCCUUCCAUUUUGUAAUUCUGGCCAGGUUCUGGCGUUUACACGAUGGAAGCAUUUUUCUGCUGAGCUUUAAACCAAUCAGGGACCUGGUGUGUUUGUCUCAUGACCAUAUUCUACAGAAUAACGCGACUGUUAGUUGUUUCUGUUUCCUUUCAGAACUAACGUAUUCAGUGCAACAAGACGUAAAAAUAAAAAGUAUUAUAUACAUUAGGUGUCUUGCCGUUCCAUAAGGCCGGCCGUAAAAUCGGCUGUGAAAAGAUGCUCUUAUAAUAUGGAGGUAGAUUGUUGGUAGGGUAAGAAACGAGAACAGCUGUCGAUGGUUUCACGUAGCAUCUUACAUAUAUAUAUAUAUAUAUAUAUAUAUAUAUAUAUACACACUAUAAACAUAAACUAUGAGAAUGACGUAGUUUUUUAAAACUGUGGAUCUCUUCUUGCAUUUGGAAGGGAAAGCAUCUAUAGUCCGAAGGCUAUUGCCAACAAUAAUGGUAAUAAUAGCAAGUUACAUAUUAUUCUGCAAGGAAAUAUUGAUUUGUUGAAUUGAGACGGGGCAUAUGGAUGGAUCUGAACUUGCAGUUACACCAUUCAAAUGAAGUGUUGGCAGAAAGGAUAACAAAAAAAAAAGCGUUAGUACGAAUACGAUUCAACUGUUUCGCUAAAACGUGGCCUAGAUUUGAGCUAAUAAGAAAGGCACAGCUCGUAGUAUAUCCUCACGUUCAGGUAGGAUUGCAAUUUGAAGACAUACAUUUCUUAAAAAUUCAUUGACCAUUUAUGAAUAUGAAGUAUAUCUAAAACACUGUUUUUUUGUGGUACGGUUCCGUUCAACGUUAAGCUGCUGAACAAAAUAUAGAAGGUCUCAAAUGUGGCGUUGUUACUAUUUUAUUUCCCCCCCGAACACAUAACGAAUGGGAAAUCCUAUUUAAGAGUUAACAAAUAGAAGUAAUCACACACCUUAAAAGAUUUAGCAUUUGAUGAUGAGCAACUAUGUGCUCUGAAUCACAUAUCAGCAAACGGUCACAUUACAGUGUGUCAUAUAGUCCUAUCAGAUUAUGCUAAAAUAGCGUUUUCGAAAUAAGGGAAUUCGGCAUAAGCUAUCAUCUUUAAUAGGGCAAGGCUAUUUGAUCUUGAAUAUUGUCAAUAACCAUGAAACAAAUGCAAAUUAAUGUACACUUAUGUCCGGUACAUGUUCAAGGAGUGAUUAUAUGUAUACUCUUCGUAAUGUUAUCACUGCUAGCUAAGCAACUAUGAUACACUAGCACCACUUGAAAAAACAUGCUUAGAAAGGAAAAAAAAGACGGCCUAGUUACUAUUAUGCGUUUAUCAUAGUAUUUGAAGUUGAUUACGUUCAUUUGAGCCUCGUUUACAAUAUUGUGGUAACAAUGAUCGUUUUCGUUAUCUAGGAGAAGGUCUACCCGUGUCUUUUGGUUAUAUAAACAAUGAAAUUGUGCUAAUCGCGAUAUUACUGAUAAUACCAAUUGUAGUCCCCAUUGUAUAUUUACUAAAGUAAAUCUUAACAUUACCUAUUACAUUGGAAACACUCAGAAAGGUCAACGGUGAAAUAGCUAGGAACCAAUCACCGAACGACAGCAAACACUAUACACUUAUCCAGUAAGGAAGACUUACACAUGACGAAGAUAUAUCUAACGAUCUUAUCCAUUUAUAAUAGCAGUCAUCAUCAUCAUCAUAAAAAUAAAACCAACUG